CAAGUUGUCCUUGCCCAGCCCUCAUACAUCCUCAUUACCAUCGCAAUCGACAGAGCGAGAUCCACGCAUCCGCGCGACGACAAUGAGCGCCCUCGAUCCUGCCAGUCCACUGGCAGCGCUGCUCCAACUCGUACCGCAAUCGACGCGUCACACCCUCGACUUCUCCGGUCUCGAUGGCAUAACGUACGCCGUCCUAUGCGAUGCUGCCACCCAAGCCGCGGCAGAGAAAGCCCAGGAUGCCGAGCUACGCAUGGCUUUGAACUCCAAGAAUCGUAUCCUUGAGACCAAGCUGGAGCGCAGCCAACGCGACUACAAUGAGGCACUUGCGGAUGUCGAUGCGGCCAAGCGUGGCCAUGAUCAGGCAAAGGCAGGCCUCGCUGCCGUGCAAGCGCAGAUGGAAGCAGUAGAGGCAGGCAAGAAGACCGCCUUGCAGGAUCUGACAAGGGCAAGACGUGAAUGUCAGGCAAUCAAAGUCGCAGCAAGGCAGGCAAAAUUGAGCAACGAGCGUUCCAUCGCGAGACAGAGGGAGAGGUUCGUGGAUGCUGCCAUCCUGGCAACGAGAAACGGAGCUGCGACUCUCGCCACCGUUCCAUCCGUAUUCGAUGCGCCUCUUGCAUCGUCUUCGACCUCCUCGCAGCCACUCUACGCCCAACAAGCCGCCGAGCUCGAGGCUCAGCGAAGCGCGCUACUCUCCACCAACUCGGCGCUUCGUCGACUUUUCACCGAGGCACUCAACGCCGUCAAUGACCUUUCGGCGAGCAUUGCUGGCUCGACGUCCGUUCCUUCAAGGGCGCUUCAAUCUGAUCUGUUUCCCAAAGGUCAGGCUUUAAGCAAGGGCUAUGACCUCUCGAGGGCAAGCAGCUCAGCAAACGCUCAUCCCGCUGUCCGCGCAUUGAGUCAGGCCAUCAAAGCUGGCGAAGCUACCAUACACGAGUGGGACAACGAGCGUCAGGCUCUCAAGGAAGAGCUGAAAGCAUCUCAAGCGGCGGCAGCGGCUUCUACCGAUGAAGCAGAUGACGAUGCCGCCGCAGAGUCUGCUCCCCGUAAGGGCCCUUCUCGCAUCUCCAUCCCUGCUUCCGCCGCAACAGCAUCCGCAACAGCUCAGGCAGAGCAACAACGUCAGCUUCAAGCCCUCAAGUCUCGCCUGGCAGAGAAAGAUGCAGAAGUACAACGCGUCGAGGAGCGACUCGAAGAGGCACUACGCGAGGCUGAGGGAGCCCUUACGCAGGCAGCUGCGGCGCAGGAGAAGGCCAGGAAGAUGGAAGAGGAGAGACAGCGUGAGGUGGAGGAGAUGGCUAGAGAGAAGGAAAGACAGGCAGCUCAAGCAGCUUUUAAGGCUGCGGCUGGCGCGGAUGAGUCUUCGUCUAUGAUGGGCCACUCAGUGGAGCAUUCAGCCUUGCUUGAGCCGCUCUCCGCGACGAAGGUGAAGACGAGGGCAAGGAGGGGGCAGAAUAUUGAUCUGCCGCCUCCUAUUGUGGAUGACGAUGUGUACAUGGACGAGGAAAGCACAACGAGCGGACCAAAGGCUGCAUCGUCGUCGUCCGCCUCGUCAUCACGCAAGAGACAGCGUGAGGUAGAGACGCUCGAAGCUGCCGAGGAAGCGACCUUCUCUCUCACUGUCCCGUCCGAGGCUGAGGACCAAGAAGACGUGAAGCAAGCUGUAGCGAAGAAGCAGCAGGAAGAGCCCUCAAGAAGUACCGACGCUUCAGCGUCGUCCUUGAAGCGGGCACGUCGCUCCGACCUGUCACCAUCUUCUCCCUCGACCGAGCAAGCGCAACAAGAGCAACCGCGUAUCCUCACGAAUCGUUCCGCACCCAACAGCAGCAGCGAAGAGCCGGCCGCAAAGGGCAGGCGUGUAGCUUCUUCUUCCUCGGGUACCACAACAGGCAAAGCUCAACGCCCUGCGGCAGGGAGUGCAGCUCCACCCAUGUCGUCCACACCUGCCGCUCCAGUCAGGAAGAUGGUGUCCGCAGCCACAGUCAAGAAGCAGCAGCAGCGACAACGCCAGCAGCAGCAGCAGCAGCGCCAGGAAGAAGGAGAAGACGUCAAGGCGACGCCUGCCCCUGCCCCCGCGGAUGUAAAGAAGAGGAGAACAGUGGCAACGCCAAGCGUGCUUCAGGCUGCGCUUGAGAGGAGGAGAAGGGGUGCUGCAGGUGCAGAAGGGGGAGGAGGAGCGAGGAGGACCGCAAGUGGCGGACAGUGAUGCGAUCAAGGGCCAAAGGAAAAGGGCAGGGGCUUGUAUACCACCAGAGAACGCUGUGUAGAGGGAGAAGGGUCGCCGUGUGUAGUCAUGCAUCCAUUGCCUCGCCAGCACCGCGUGAAGUCCGCAAUCUCAGCCAGGCACCUUGCGAAUAUCAACC